UCGCGAUCACGUGGGUAUUAGUUGCAAAACAAUUUGUUUCGGACAAUCGUUAUUCAAACGUGAAAUUGAUUAAACAGAACUACAUACGAUUUUCUGUUACAUCGUGCAGUCCUUUUCUCUGCUCUCCCUAGAGGUUAUGUAUGUCCAAACUUUCGCUAAGAGUAGUCGCAAAGACAUUUGAUUAAAAUAUCCAUGGACACGUGAAACAUGGAUACAGGAAACUCGACUUCCAACGACGAUUUACAAACUCCUACACGCGCUAGAACUACUCGAGGAUCACGUCAGAAGGGAGUGGACAGCGUGACGAAGAAGUUCCUACGAAAUUUCGACCCAGAACACAGCGAAAGAGAGAAACGAAAACUUCACAGACGAUUGUAUCAAGGCUACAAGAGACAUGCUUUGUACGAUGAGAAUGGCACUUACAUUCAGACAGGGGAUGAUCUGUGCGACUGUUUAAAUUUGAGCUGCGCGGGAUGUCACUAUCCAUGCAUGAAAUGCUCCUCACCAAAAUGCGGCCACGAAUGCAGGAAUAAUCGCAAGUGGACAUAUGAGUCCAUAGAAAACGAAGGCAGUGAUGGCAGUGCCAUCAUAAAGAACAAGCUGUUGAAGGAGUCUUGAACGUCGAGAUCUGUUAAUCUACUGCAAUGUAACUGAAUUACUUUUAUAAGAAUUUGAUGGCUGUGCUGUACGAGGACAUUGUUCACCAUAAAAUUGUGUAUUUCAUCCUUUCAUCGAUGUUAUUUAACUUAUUAUACAUACUGGAACUAGAAUAAUCAUAAGAUAAGAAACCAUAUAUAUGCGAGAAUA